AUGGCGGCGCGGCCUCACCUCAGCCGACCCCCCCCCGUUCCCGCCCCGCCGCGCGCGGGGCACGACGGGAACCGCCCUCAGCCGGGACCCGCCAUUUUCUGCCGGGAAAGGCGGGAAGGGGGAGAUCGAAGCCGCCGCAGCUGCACCGCGGGACCCGCACGGCUCCAGCGCCGCCGCCAGCGCCGCUCGCAGGGACACAGAGAGGACACAGGUGAGCACAGGUGGGUGACACAGGGACACGGGGGUGACACAGGUGGGUGGCAGGGACACAGAGGGGACACAGGUGGGGGUCAGCCCCCCCGGCGGCCGUGCCACACGCGUGUGUCACCUGUCCCCAGCCCCGGCACGGUGGCGCUGCGCGAGAUCCGGCGCUACCAGAAAUCCACGGAGCUGCUGAUCCGGAAGCUUCCGUUCCAGCGGCUGGUCAGGGAGAUCGCGCAGGACUUCAAAACAGACCUGCGCUUCCAGAGCGCCGCCAUCGGGGCCCUGCAGGAGGCCAGCGAGGCGUACCUGGUGGGGCUGUUCGAGGACACAGGGGGGUGA